AUGAUCAGUGAGCUGAACAACCGGCUGUCGAAUGCGGAAGAACGUCUUGCGGCCACAACAACCUCCUGUAAUUCCCAAACGUGGCCCCAUGCUGCGCGUGCAGACAACAUGACAGGAAUUGCUUCUCCACCGCUAAUGGGUCUUUCAGCCAGUGUAGACAGCGGGUCCAUCGACGACAAUGCUAUGACUUUGUUUCCAGAUUCUUAUGGAUUAUGGAAUUUAUCUGAAAUAGAGUCUAAUGCAUCGUUUGUUCUUUCACCUCAAAACUCCUCAACCAACUGGCCCAAUUUAGACCUAAAUACUGAGGGGAGAGAUAUAUCAGAUACAUGUGACAUGGAGCUCGAAUUGUCUCCUCGCGAAUUACACGAUCUCUAUGAAAGUUAUUUUGAUCAAGCCGAUCAUAACUGUUACAUGCUAGAAAAAGAUACCUUCCUCACAAAAAUGGAUCAUCAGCCUCUAGGACAUGAACUGCUGGGUCUUAAGUACAUAGUACUUGCAUAUGGAGCAUCAGCCUCCUCUACCUACAAUCACUUGCAGAAUAAGCUCUACGAAGUCUCGCGAGCUUACUUCGAGAAGGUCGAAACUUGGAAUCCUUUAUUCGCUAUUAUUUCUCUGCAAUGUUGUACUCUUCUCGCAACAUUUGAAUUACAACAACUCCUGUUUAUCAGAGCCUGGGAUCGAAUUAACCGUGCAAUGUGGAUGGCAGAAUUAUUUGAAUUACAUCAGAUGGAUGGAGAAAAUGAGCCGCUGCGACAGCGGACGUCCGGACUGUUCAUGGCGCAAACAACAAACCCUGAAGAAUUGGAAGAGCGUCGGAGAACCUUCUGGUCAGUUUUUAUCUUAUGCUGCUUUAAAAGCAUAUGUUUUGGGUCAAACACAAAUGCACAAAUCAACCAUAUGGAAAAGAUUACCACCCUACUGCCAAAUGAACAUAACAUCAACGACCCAAAAGCAUUACAUCGACGAACACUUUAUGAAGCAUUAAAUCAACCUAUGGCGCGAAAGCUAUCCAGAUUCGAAGGGUUUAUCAUCACGACUGCACUACAUGUUCGUAGCUUGCGACAUGCUAACAUAGCUUGCGUUGGUAUAAAAGAUGAGCAUCUGGAGUACGAUUUUUGGAUGCACCAUUUUUAUAUCACCGAAAGCCUCAGUCAGCUUUAUUGCGCUCAAUAUCUGGAACCUACACUGCGAAACUCCAUCGUUCUAUCUGGAACACUUUGUAUGGCCGUUAGAAUACAGGCAACGCUUCUCUGUCUCCAGCAUGCAGCUGUAGUGCGUGGCUCUGAGAUUAAACCAGCGCAAUCUUUUGCUUCAUUUGGGAAGUCCAAAUGUUUCAUGACGGCCAUGAAACUCAUGAAUACGAUAAAGCAGAUGCAUAUUCAAGGGACUUUAAUCAAUCCAAAUCCUUUUGUCAUCUGGUCAAUAUAUGUUACCGCACAAUUUUACGUUCGUGAAUUGCAUGGGACGAGAUGCAAAGACACUCAGACUUUGACACCUACGCCCCCCUCAUCAAGUGGUCUGUUAUCAGGUGGGAUCUCUCAAAGUGGUGAUCUGGUAACUAAUAAGAAAAUGAAAACAAACCAUUUCGACGACACAAUUCCUGUAAUGAUCGGUGAUCAUGCUUUAGAGCUAAUCCCAACUCGCUUCGAGCUUCUACACAACAUCGAGUUGAUCGUCAGCAUACUUUCGACGCUCUCAAAGUCUAGACCUCUAGCUGCAGCUUUUGCAGUCCAAAUCUAUGACGAGCUAAAAGGGGGGAAAGUAACGACUAACGUACGUCCAAUUGGCCACGUCGAGUUUUUGCUAGAUGGAAAAUACAUGAUGAAAGAUUUUGUUCUAAAUGGAGUUCAUGUGAUUUGGUCACUGUUAUGA